AUGGGCACGUUAGGGUUUCUCGGCGAAUGGAAGUUUGAGGAAUAUAAGCGAGCAUUUCGGGAAGUCUACAUGUCUGGAUCGGGCGCGGGUGACCGUACCUCUGUUCUAGAUGACCCAGAACCUACCCCCGGUGAUGAGGUUGCUGAAUCGAGAAUGGGACCUACCGGUUGGUCCUCGAUUCGUGGUAAAUCAAUGGGGUCCACGAGGGGCGCUCGUGUAUUGAUGCGUAACCGUCUGCGUGUCGGGCUGUUUUCGCCGGAUGGGGAGGCCAUAAUCCCUUCCUCGCAUUCUAGCAGAGAAGAAGUAGGCGUACCUGAUCCACGGGUGUACGCCCUGAACGAGGUGCUUAUCCACCGAGGAAAAGAGCCGCACCUUGCUGUCCUAGAUGUGUUCGUUGGCGGACGGUUACUCACAGAGGCGGUCGCCGACGGUAUGAUUAUCUCAACACCAACAGGAAGCACGGCCUAUAGUUUGAGCAGUGGGGGCAGUAUCGUGCACCCUUUGGUUCCUUCGCUUCUUUUGACACCUGUAUGCGCUCGGAGUCUAAGCUUUCGACCACUGGUGUUACCAUCCAGCACACCUGUCACUCUGCGACUGAGCCCGAAGAACCGCGGCCGAGAAGUGGAGCUAAGCAUUGACGGCAAGAAUCUAGGACAGGGCAUGGCCGUAGGCAUGGAGUACAUGACGGGCGGCGCGUAA